AUGGUCUAUCUUUCUCCUGCGGUAACAUUUAGAAGAAUACGCCAAUUAAAGUCAACGACGGGGUAUCCUUUGAUACCCUACGUCGUUGCACUUUUUUCAUCAGCCAUCUGGCUUUACUAUGGCGUUCUUGAUGCCAAAGCCACCACACUUAUCUCCAUCAAUGCUUUUGGCUGUCUCGUUGAGUUUGUGUAUAUCUGCAUGUACUUCUAUUACUCCGCCUACAAUUACCGAGUUUACACCGUCAAAGUGAUUGGCCUCGUUUCUUGCAUUUUAUGCUCGUUUAUCCUUCUCACGAACUUUACGUGGAAGGGUAACACGAGGUUAGACAUAGUAGGAUGGUUUUGCUUGGGAGCUUCUGUGUUAGUGUACGGGGCCACACUUGGUACAGUGGUUCGAGCUAUCAAGUCAGGUAGUGUGGAGUUUAUACCCAUUACAUUGACAUGCGUUCUGACUGGUAACGCAACCAUCUUGGAAAUUUAUGGGUUUCUUUUAGAAGAUGAUAAUAUCUUGGUUCCCAACAUUGUUGGAUUCAUACUUGGAGUUGGACAAAUUAGUGUGUACUUGAAGUAUCGUACACCAACGGUUGCUGCUGGGGAGAAGGAGGAGGGCGGCGGCGCUGACAUUGCGUUGGCUUGGACGGAGUCCCUGAUCGGUGGGCGUGAUAGCGAGAAGCUCGCGGAGUUGCCGGAUGACGCGAUCAAGACUCUACCUGGUGGUGACUUAUGUCGGGCUACCGCUUUAUGGAGGACUCUGAUGGAGUGGGGUACCCAGUCCUCCAAUGUGGAGAUGAGUCUUCGGGAGCAGGUUAAGGAUCUGACUGCGGCGUUGGCCAACCCAGUUUGCUUGUCGGAUUGA